CGAAAAUCUCGACUCUGGGUCGGCUGCCACGCGCCCCUCAAUGCUGUCCAAUGCGCUCGGAACUAACCCCGGAGUAGUAGAAGACGAGAGCGCAACUACUAUUCCUACUAUUACUCCUCCUCCAGCGCGGAUCUCCUCUACCGCCGAACUGCCGCCACCCUCCUCCUUAAUCUCCCCUCCCCCAAAACUAUUAACCUCAACCCCGCCUCCAACGCUGGCGCCGACCCCUCCCUCGACGAUUCUUGCCACUACCCGCAAUCUCCUCCGCGCCGUCUUCGAAUACAUCGGCUAUCCGAGGGUGUACCGGGACACGCAGGACCAGCUGAGAUUCGAGUUCUACUAUCCCGAUCUAGACGAGCUAGAGGUUAUGCGGGAGUACGACACAGAAAGGGUGUAGACA